AUACUUCUCCUUUGCUGAGCUGCAAGAAGCGACCAAGAACUUUGACGCCAAUGCGAUCAUCGGCGUCGGAGGGUUCGGGAACGUCUACAUUGCGGAGAUCGAUGACGGGACCAAGGUGGCCGUGAAGCGGGGCAACCCGCAGUCGGAGCAAGGCAUCACCGAGUUCCAGACCGAAAUCCAAAUGCUCUCAAAGCUCCGCCACCGCCACCUCGUCUCCCUCAUUGGGUACUGUGAUGAGAACUCGGAGAUGAUCCUCGUCUACGAGUUCAUGUCCAACGGCCCCUUCCGUGACCACCUCUACGGCAAGAAUUUGUCUCCUCUUUCUUGGAAGCAACGGCUAGAAAUCUGCAUCGGAGCGGCCCGGGGGCUGCACUAUCUCCACACCGGGACGGCGCAGGGAAUCAUCCACCGGGACGUUAAGACGACAAACAUUCUUCUAGACGAUAACUUCACCGCCAAGGUAGCUGAUUUCGGGCUCUCCAAGGAUACUCCGAUGGGGCAAGGACAUGUUAGUACUGCUGUGAAGGGGAGUUUUGGGUACUUGGAUCCUGAGUACUUUAGGAGACAACAGUUGACAGACAAAUCCGAUGUUUACUCUUUCGGUGUCGUUUUGCUUGAAGCGCUUUGUGCUAGACCUGCCAUUAAUCCUCAGCUUCCAAGGGAACAG